UUGCGAAAUAAAAAUUCCAAAAAACAGAAAGCUAAAAUCGAUUUGGGGAUUUCACUUCAACCUUUAGUCUCCGUCUCUUCUCUCUUUUGCCUGAGGAGGUGUUCCAAGCACCUCUUCGGAUUUAUUUGAUUUCUCUCUGUUUCUCUGGGAUUUGAAUUGCCUUCCCAAUGGCGUCCGAAAUCUCAAACGACAAGACCGCUGUUUUCAGAAAACUGAAAGCAAAGUCAGAAAACAAGAUGUGUUUCGAUUGUAAUGCAAAGAACCCGACUUGGGCAUCGGUUACGUAUGGGAUCUUUCUCUGCAUCGAUUGCUCGGCCGUUCAUCGCAGUCUCGGCGUUCAUAUCAGCUUUGUUAGGUCUACAAAUUUAGACUCAUGGACUCCUGAACAGCUGAGAACGAUGAGCUUCGGGGGAAACAACCGUGCACAAGUGUUCUUUAAGCAGCAUGGAUGGACGGAUGGAGGCAAAAUUGAGGCUAAGUAUACAUCAAGAGCUGCCGAGUUGUAUAGGCAAAUACUUUCUAAAGAAGUAGUCAAAAGUAUGGCAGAAGAGGCAGGUCUUCCACCAUCACCUGUUGCAGCUCAGUCAGGACAAGCAUCUAAUGGGAUUCUUGAUGUUAAGACCCAGGAAGCUCCAGAAGAGAACUCUAUAGCAAGGAAAGAAACGCCUGAAAUCACUGCUUCCCAGAAAGCCCCCCAUACAUAUGUUACCAGUACUGUUAAGAAGCCUCUUGGUGGUGCUAAGAAAAUUGGGAAGACUGGGGGGCUUGGUGCUCGCAAACUUACUACAAAGCCUAAUGAAAGCCUGUACGAUCAGAAACCUGAAGAUCCAGUUGUCCCAGUGCCAGUGCCUUCCUCAACUAACAGCACUCCAACAGCUGGAUCAUCCUUUGCAUCUCGAUUUGAGUAUGUAGAAAUUGUCCAAAAUACUGAGACAAAUCCCACUGGCGCUCAUGUAAUUAGCCAUAUUGCUCCACCGAAGUCAUCAAAUUUCUUUGCAGAUUUUGGAAUGGACAGUAACUUUCCCAAGAAAACUAAUUCAAAUACCUCAAAAGUUCAAAUUCAGGAGUCUGAUGAAGCAAGAAAGAAAUUCACAAAUGCAAAAUCUAUCUCUUCUGCACAAUUUUUUGGUGACCAAAGCAGAUCUGCUGAUGUUGAUGCUCAAACCUCCUUGCAGAAGUUCUCGGGUUCUGCAGCCAUCUCCAGCGCUGAUCUAUUUGGUGACAGGGGAGAUAAUUCAGCUAUUGAUCUUACUGCAAGCGACCUAAUCAACCGACUGUCGUUUCAGGCACAACAGGAUCUCUCUUCCUUAACGAAUAUCGCUGGAGAGACCGGGAAGAAGCUUAGUUCCUUGGCGUCCAAUUUAAUGACGGAUCUUCAGGACAGAAUCCUGUGAUGUUGAUAUGCUCUGUGUUCAUUUGUUAAAGUAAACCCACCUGUCAACAUCGUAUGUAGGGAUUGCAAAGAGGGGUUGAUAAAAUUCUUUCAAAGAAAGCAAGACUUGACGAAAAUUCUCAAGGCCUAAGAGUGGCGGGUUGGCGGGUGAUUUGUUUCGUAGAACAGGAAACUAUUAUUGUUCUGAGAUUGUGGAUUAUAUGUGCUCUUGUGAACCACCGUAACAUUACUGCUUUGUGUCAAGGAAGCAACGCGAGAAUACUGUAUUCUCUUAAAACCGUGGAUUUGUCCCUGCCCAAUUUUAAUUCAAUCUCGAAUACGGUUUCCUUGAAAGGAACGUGUUGUUGAA